AGUCCAGGGAUUUAUUUCUGAUUAGUCUGAACAACAAACACUUGAAUGUACAGAACAUGAGAAGGAGAUAAAGUGAUGCUCGGACCUUCGCUCUCAAUCUUUGAAAGCAAAGGGGUGGGAAUUCAAAAAGCAAAGCAUGGUGGCUAGCUUUGAAAAGGCCAGUUCUCACUUUAGGAACAGAUUUUCAGGAUGCAGAGAGUCGUGUUUCUGGUGCCUCUACUGGUUGUUGGAUCGGUAUGGACCCACCAGAUGGACCCAGUGAUGGAAAAUAGUCCAGUAACACCAAUAGAGAACUUUGAUUUUGAGCAGUUUACAGGACGAUGGUAUGAAUUGGCUGUGCUGUCCACUUGUCCUCACUACAUGCAGCGCAAGAAGAGAAACCCUGUCAUUGUGGCGCUAGACCUGACGCAUGUUCCUACUCAGCAUAAUUUUACAAUGACUUCCUCCACCUUCAAGAAUGGCACCUGCAUGGAGACUUUGACAGUCUAUAGCUUGACCAGCACUCCAGGGCGAUUCUUUCACCAUGUUGCAAGAUUUGGAGCCGAUGUUGAUUCCUUCGUGAUCCACACAAACUAUGAUGAGUACGCUCUGAUGCUGCAGCUGAGCACAGAGCAACCAUCGGGAAAUAAAACCACCAUAAUUAAACUUUAUGGUCGAACUAUGAGUGUUAGUCCUCCUGUUCUUGAUCAGUUUAAAGCACUCAUCAGACGCCAUGAAAUUAGUGAAAAUGCUGCUAUCAUGAAUCAACACAAAGGUAACUGUCUUCCAGGUAAACAAAUGAUGGAGGAAACUGCUAACCAUCAGGCUUUUGUUCCUCAGAUCUCCAAACAGAAUAUUACUACAAAGAAUAAGCAAAAUGAUGUCUGAACAGGUGACAAAUAACUCAUUGUUAGAAAGUUUGGUGGUGCACAUCUUUAUACUCUGGUUGUGAAACUUUCAUUCAAACAGCAAGCGGUAACAGAAAAUGGUCAACCCACACAGUAGAAGCCUUGUCUUAGAUUGGAUUUCUGAUCCAGCUCACAAUCUCUCCAACUUUAUGUUUUUGCAUCUUUUAAUAUACAUGUUCACUUUUGUUUACUUUAGAUUUUCUCCCAAUUUUAAUUUAGAAAGAACCAAAGUGGUCAACAAUACCACUGUGCUGAAGCAGCUAAAUUAAUUUACAGUCCUUGUCUGUGACAUAAUACAAUUACACAAUGAU